AUGCCCCCCAAGAAGCGCAGCGCCCCCGCCACCUCGUCAGCCCCGAAGAAAGCACGCCAAUCCAAACUCGCCAAAGAAAACGACAUCAGCGCCGAAGAAGAAAGCGAAAUUAAAGAAGUCUUCCACCUCUUCUCAACCACAGCCGAAGAAUUUCCCAAUGAAAAGGAAGGCGUUAUUCCCCGCGAGGACGUGCGCAAGGCGCUCGUAGCGCUAGGUCUCCCUCCGUCCGACUCGAGCGAGCUCCACUCGAUCCUCUCCGCCGUUGAUCCAACGAACACCGGCUUUGUCCCGUAUGCGCCGUUUGUGUCCGUCGCGGCGGCGAAAUUGAGGUCGCGGUCUGAUGAGGCGAUGUCCGCCGAGGUGGAUGCGGCGUUUCAGCUUUUCACAAAAGGGACAGAUGGGCCCAUUACGUUGGGACAUCUGAGGCGCAUUGCGCGCGAGUUGAAAGAGGAUAACCUCGGUGAUGAGUUGCUCAAGGAUAUGAUCCUCGAGGCGAAUGGUGGCGCCGGGGUGAAUGCUGGUGUUACGCUGGAGCAGUUUCAUGAUGUUAUGACUCGGGCUGGGGUCUUUUAA